UUCUCAUGGCAGCUUUGUUAUCUUCAGGCAGAGGGAGAGAGAGAGAGAGGAAUAAAGUAGGGAGACGAAUGGGAGAAAAGAGAGGUUGUGACAAGGAGAGCAAGGGAAAGCGGGGGAGAAGAAAGGUGGCAUCUUUACCUCCUUUUUCCGCUUCUUCUCUUGGGAUCAGCUUCCUCUCCCGCUUCGUCUUCUCGAUUUCCGCCUGCGUGUAGCUGUGCCUUCUCGAUUUAUCUCCUACCUCUGCUCCUCCGUCGAAGGGUGUCUUGUGGGUGAAUUGGGAUUUUGAGAUCAAAGGGAAGGCUUUGCCGGAUGAUGAUGACGAGUUAUGUGGAUGUUCUUCCUCGGAGCUCCCACUGCACGAACUGGUUCGUCGCCGAGGUAAGCUGCGGGAGCGGGUGGUGGACACAGGAGGAGAACAAGCGCUUCGAGGACGCGCUGGCCGAAUUCGACGGCGACUCCCCGGACCGCUGGGAAAAGGUGGCGGCUUUGAUCCCGGGGAAGUCGGUGGGAGACGUGGUGAGCCAUUACCGGGAAUUGGUGGACGAUGUGACCGAGAUAGAGGCCGGGCGGAUCCCGUGCCCCGUCUACCAUGGGGCUUCGCCUUUUACACUGGACUGGGAGAACAAUUACGAUUCGGAAGGUUGGAAGAACUCGUACUGUCUCAGCGGCGGCAAGCGAUCUGGCCGCCGAGCUCCAGAUCACGAGAGGAAGAAAGGAGUCCCGUGGACCGAAGAGGAGCACAAGUUAUUUCUGCUUGGAUUGCAAAAGUAUGGGAAAGGAGAUUGGAGAAACAUAUCGCGGAAUUUGGUGAUCACCAGGACCCCUACGCAAGUGGCGAGUCAUGCGCAGAAGUACUUCCUCAGGCUUAAUUCUGGCAGCAGAGACAAGAGAAGGUCCAGCAUUCAUGACGUUACUACAGAUGAUCUGCCAAAUAGUAGGCCUCCCUCACCAUCAUCAUCUCAGCCAUGUACAAUUGCCACACAGUCAAGCUCAGCUAUGGCGUCUGCAUCGUCGUGCCAGUUCUCUGAAACUGCUGUUUCAGAUCAACAAAGUGAAGUAGCAUGUGUCUUUGAUCCAUCAUCUGAUUCAUCACAUAGGAAUCGAUUCACCAUUUGAACCGGCUCCAUAUGUGAUGAAGUUUCUACCUCAAAUUUCACAUAAUGGCAUGUGUGAUCAAGUUACGUUUGUUCACUUGGAUUGAGAUCAAAAGAAAAGUCUGGAUCUGCUUGAAUUCUGGCAAAGGUUGAUGAUGCAGAUAUUUAGUCUCUCCAACUGUCUAUGGUAGAAGCUUAAUUUUUCUUAUCUGCACAUAAUGUCAUUCUUUCUGUAUGGAACUCAGGAGUGCAACUACAGCAAGGUUAUAUCCUGAUGAAACUUCUUAUUUAUCAUCAAAAUGCUCCAUGCUGAGAUUGAAUUCAUAGCUAUGAUUGGUAUUCGUAUCCGAUUCCGCACUUUGUUUCUGUGGGUUUUGCAGGGAGGAAGAAUAUUAUACAUUGUCGUGGCUCAUUUUCAGGUAGAAUUUUGUUGUGUUUGGCUUGUCGUCCAGUGAAUGUCUCAAACUGUACCUUCCUAUUGUUACCAGAGUAGUGAAAAAGAUGUGCAUGUUUCUUUGUAAGCUGAGUUGUAGUGCUACUCUGCAAUGGUCAUGACACAUUGCCCAGCUGUGAUUUGAGAUUUC